AGUCACAAAUCCAGGAACAGAUUCAGACCCCUUCUGUCAAGGAUUGGCAGGGUCUAGGCGAUCAACGCUGCAGCCUCUUUCACACAGAGGGCAGCUUUUGGCGCCCGGGCGUCCGAUCACAGCAUCCUCGUCGUCUACGCGCUCACCAUCGCACAGGGUGUGGUAUAGAAAGGAACGUGGCGCCUGCUCGCGCACGGAGGCCGCGCCCACGACCCUUUCCCUUCUCUUGUGCCCUGCAACUGCGCCAUUGCAUGCUAUGAUACGACGACCAGCAUUCCCAAGUCAUCAGUGACGUUCAAAACCACAUAUGCGUUGCAAUGGCGACCAGACUUCAACCUGUCAUGGCUCAUGGGACUGCAUUCGACAUGAUGCCACGCAGGACGACCGGCUCUUUUGAGCCUCCGCGGCUAUCGACGAUUAGACCAGUGUCCGCGAGUAGCGACUACUUGGAGACCGAGUUUGAAGAUGAAAGCGACACUGGUGACGACAUUUCAGGCAAGAGCAGUAUGGACCUGGAACGGAGACAAAGCGCAACGACCGUCUCAUCAUACGAUGAGGUGCCCACUCCCGACUCGACUCGACGCCAUUUCGACGUCCAACCCAAGUCCAUCCAAGGACCUCGCGGCCCACACUUGUUCCGAGCCUCUCAGGUGUCGAUGCAUCUCGACGUCGAUUACGCACUGCAAAUGUCUCCAUUGUUCCCCAAAGAGGCACCACGACGCCCAGAAAGGACUCGCGGGGACGAGCCGGUGACGCCGACCUCAAGGCAGCGGCAACAAGACUUUUCGAUUGCCGCCGCAAUUGCUACUCCCCAGCUGCAGACGUACGACCCAGAAGCACAAAUCAGGCAAUGGACUUCAUACCAGGUCAUCGACUGGAUGGUUGAAUGUGAUAUGGAUGCUUCUACCAUUGACUGCUUCGAGGCCAACGAUAUCAACGGCGAUGUGCUUCUUGACUUGCAAUUCGAGCACUUGCGGGACCAGCUCGGGAUUCAGUCCUUUGGCAAACGCCAUCAACUCUGGAGUGCAAUCUGCAGUCUUCGUGGAGCUGAACCCGACUUUGGCACACACGGAACUCCCUUCCAAGACACCAGCCGACCGUCGACCCGAAACGAAACCCGAUCGCCCAAGAGCGCGUGUCACACCCCCAUCGACGGGGACAUGACGCCGAUUGAAACAGCUCAUCUCAAGAAACGCCGAGGCCGCAAACACCACAGACUGAACGAGGACGUCGCGCCUGCCGAAUCCGUUUCGAUCGUUGCGAUCGAACAACUCAUUCCAAAGCCGCACAAAUGCCACAAAGGCGAGCGUUGUGCCAAAUGGCGCAAGCAGCAGCGAGAGCUCAAACAGCUCCAAGACGAAGGCGUUCUCCACCUGCCCGUCAGCCCGACUAAAGGCGGUCGAAUCUACAUCGCCACCGACUCGAGCAGGAGCCCCACCGUGGUCAGCCUCGCGUCUAGUGCCCGAAAGCAGUCUGACAAUGCUGCUCGGCUGACGACGGAUACUAUGCCGUCCCUGAUUGCUUCCUCUGACCUUCUUGGACCCGGACAGCUUCCCGACUUUGCUUUGCAUGCAAAUGUGCUUGACCGACUUGGUAACCGCGAUCCUCAAGAACAUGUCCGACAAUACCUCAGUCUGCAACAUGUCGGACCAGCUACUAGGUCACCAGCCGAGCUUGCUCAGCCUGGUUCGAUACCUAGGUCAACAUCUGCUCCAUUUGCACAUCCGCGGAAUAAGCAUCAAGGGUACGCUACUUCCAUCCCGCCUCGUAACUUCAAGACUCCCGGUCCACGGGAGAGUCUGAGGUCACUGCCAAAGCUGGAGAUACCGCGAUCGCAGACUGCCACGCCUGCUUUCAACACGAGCUUCUCGGCUACUACACCCUGCCGCAGUGCUGGAGUCUCUCCGACCCUCCCAUACCGCCUCGGUACACCCCAGUCGGAAAUGGACGUUCCGGUCACUGCCAUUCCCACUGGGCCUGUCAGCCGCGACAUGACUCAGUCGGUUCCAGCCAACAUGCAGUUCCGUCAGUCGAACCGGUCUAGCCCGGUGCGCAGCGCCACCGCAGACCCGAGACGCCCAUCGAUGCCGCUGCCCGCUCUCAAGGAGAAUGAAGUCCUGCUCUCGACCUCGACUCUAAGCGGCAGCUCAUCGGCGUCGUCGGUGAAGUCGCUGGCGAGUAACUCGAGCAGCACUGGAGGCGGUAGUGCCGCCAGCAGCAACACCAGCAUCGGCAGCACCAGUGGUGCGUCUCAACCCAGCCUUCGACGCACCAAGUCCACCCACGACCCCUUCCGCUCUGAGCCCGCGGUCAAGCACUUCGGGUAUGGAGGGGAGUGCACCCACGCAGGCUUUAUGAAGAAGCGCAAGACGAAGCUUCUCCGCCACGAGUGGCAAGAAGGCCACUUCCGCCUCGUGGGCUCCAAUCUCUCCAUGCACGAGAAUGCGCGCCUGCAAUCCGCGGCGCUGGAGAAGAUCAACGUCGAGAACUACGGCAUUGCCUGCUCCUCGGCCGCGGCAUCCAGCAAGCUCUCCGCGGCGAUGAAGGCUUUUCACAUCAAGUCCAGUAACAGUGCCGAUGCUGCCAAAGCCGAUCAGACGGCCUUCAAUUUCCAGCUUGUACCGAACAAGGAGGGUAUUGAUGGAGAGAGGCGACUUGAUGCCAAGGGCAAGACGCACCACUUUGCUGUCAAGACAAAGGAUGAGCGCAUUGACUGGAUGCGGGAGCUCAUGCUUGCCAAGGCUUUGCAGCAGAAGGGCAAGGGGUUUGAGGUUCAGGUCAAUGGGAAGAAGUUCUAGGGAAGGAACAAGAGCCCGAUGGGGUCUCACUGGAACACGACAACCGCUUUUAAUCAUUGCUGCAAGCAUGCACUGGGCUCUGCAGCCGCCGAGCCUUCUUCUUCACAGCGCUCAUUCACGACUCUCUACUCGGCGAGCAUCCAUUUUCACAGCAUCGCAUCAACACAACGCAAGGUCGACAUCAUUCACAUCAUUUCGGUUAUUCACAUACCCAACUCAGCGAACGGCUCA